AUGCUGCUGAAGGUGAUGGCGAUGAAGUUCAUGCAGCGGGACCUGCGGACGGCCCCCGAGUCCACUGGGAAAGUCAAGCUUGUCGACCCGCUGAUGUGGGCGUGCCCCGACGCCCCCGCCCUCCUCGCCGCUGCCCGACCCCCUACCCAACGGGUGGGGUAUACCGAGAUCAGACAGCUAGUGUCAGCACCCUCAGUCUCGGAGGAAGCGGAGACGGCGACUUUGGCGAAGGAGGACAAGCCGUUAUCGCUUGACGACCUCAUCGGGGGAAAGAAGAAGCGGAAAGGUGACGGCUCAAAGAAGAAGAACAAAAAGCAAAAGACCAAUUAG